GAGGAAGGAGGCGCGCGGGAUCGGGAGCGCGCGCUGCUCCGUGACCCAUCUCACUGAACAAAGGAUUCUCGCUUAACAAAUCUCCUCUGCGGACCUAAAAUGGCGCCCGUCCUCUCUCCGCACACCACGGAGGCGCGAGUGGCUAGAGCGGCAGCUUCCAGGCCUCGAGGCCUCUCUUGCUGCAGCUCACUCGCUGGUUGAGCGUGAGGGAAGAGAGGAGAGGCCUGGCUCGGCAUGGCGGGCGAGCAGGGAGGGGAGCAGGCGAAGUCUUUUAAGCUGCUGGGAAUACUUGAUGUCAAAAAUGUCCCUUGUGCUCGAGAAUCAUUGCUCUAUGGAUCUUUGGGUGGCAUCACGGUGGGCCUUGGACACUUUUUGGCAACUAGCAGAGUGAGACGAUCCUGUCACUUUGGAAUGGGAGGUUUUAUCCUGACAACUCUGGGAUGUUGGACCUAUUGUAGGUACAAUAAUGCAAAAUUAAGAAUUCAGCAACGCAUGAUUCAAGAAGGGAUUAGAAACAAGAUUUUGUAUGAAAGCACCCAAUUUGAUCCAGAGAAGAAGACAAUGAAAAACACUGAAGAAAGUCGUUCGUAGUUUUCAUAAUAAUUAUUAAGAAAUUGCAAUUAUUAUUUUUAACUUUUAUGAAACCAAAACCAAGAAAUCAUGGGACUUUCUUGCUGCUUAUGUCACUUAACAGGUCCUCCUAACCAAGUGGCUUAUUUUCAAGACCCAGUUUGUGUUUCACUUUUAUUCAUGUUUCACCUUUGAUGUAUGUGCAGCUGUUUUUAGAGGGAAAACCUGAUCUGCUUCAGAUUGGCAAAAUCUAACAAGAAAGUACUUAAUCAGGAUGAAUAGCUUCAGUGUUUUCAGUGUUCAGAGUUUUCAGUGAUAAUGAUAGCAACGACAUCAAAUUAGAGUUUGGCUGCAAUACCUAAGAAGGGAAUAAAUUAAAUUUAUUUAAAUGUUUAAUUUAUUCCCUUCUUCAUUCUCUGGCCUAACCAGAAACCAUAUUUGAUUAAACUUGGUGGGGCUUGCCUCCGAGUAGAUCAAAAUGGGAUAGAACUAAAUUCUUUAUGUCUCCAGCUCAAUUGGAAACUUGCAUCCUGUCAUAUUGUGCUUAUUUACAUGUGCUUUGUCAGGUGAUCAUACAAGACCUCUUUUUUUUUUACCAUUGCUCUGCGCAAGAGAACAGUGCUACAUAAAAUCUCCCUCAAAUGGGCUGUUGCUACAACACCAAAGUUUAGAUCACUACAAGAUACUAAAGAAUUCUGGUUUAUUUAUUUAUUUUUCUUUAAUAUAAUUGUAUACAUCUCUUGUGCCUAUCUAUGUUGCUUCUACAGAAGUAUGUUUAAAGAGGCAUUUUCUAUCUCUAGUAAAAUUUGACAUAGUAGUGUUUCAAGAAGAACAUUGUGUAAAAAAGGUGGCAUGAAAGAGGAAUCUGAACAAAGAUGCCAUAAUCCCAACUCAAAGAACUGUGAGGGGAGCAUCCCUUUUUCUUCUUGUUGUAAUAACUCUUAGAGACAAGCUACUGUUUUGUGCUGUUUUUGAACAUACACCUCUGCAAACACUUUCAUCAAAAAAAGUGACCAUUUGUUUGCAGAGAUUGCUUUUGAGCCUAAACAGCUUGUAAUAAUACAAUCUAGAUAUACCUUUAAUGAUUUUUGUAGUUUAUCAAAAUAUGUGUUUAACUGAAGAGAUUGUUCUCUAUAUUUCAUGUUUUCAGUAUAGCUUAGAAUAUAAAAUAUUCAUUUUUAAGAAGACAAAUUGAGAUCUAUGUUGAAUGUUGUGAGAUAUCAUAAUCACAUAUGCUGUUCUGUAAGCUGAUUGUUGAGUGCCUGAUUUUUUUAUUGAGAGCUGGAGUAGAUUGGAACAAACCAUAUCAUACGUAAUGAUUUAUGUGAAGCUCAGUAGGAUAUGAGUAGACCGUUCCCCAAGAGGCAUACUGCCUUUGAUAUGUGUUGUGACUAGUUAUUGAUAAUCAUGUCUUCCAGUCAUUUGUCCCAUCUUCUGACCUUAGUUGCUUCUUUAAAACGACUCACUUGUGAGUGAGUUUGGAUGAACUAAAGUUUUAACAUUGCUGUGACUCAGUAGGACUUUCCAACAAACGUGUCUAUUGCACAGCAGUGUACACAACCAUCUGCAGAGCACUCAAGUAUGCUAAUAAAUAAUACUAGAAUUAUGCUGAA